GUGUGUGUGUGUGUGUGUGUGUGUGUGUGUGUGUGAGAGAGAGAAAGAGAGAAAUAUGAGAACCAUAUUUCUGAAAAUGUCCUCAAAAUACAGUAAAACCUUCAAAACAUACUGCUGGUCUUCAUCUUAAAAAAAAAAAAACAGGCAAAAUCAUGGGAAAUCUAUGGGAGAGCUUUACACUAUUGUACAAGUUUGUGCGUGUGAGAAGGCAGAGAGUGAUGGAAAGGAUUUGUAUCUCAGCCAAAGAACCAAAAAUCGGCACGACUUGGCGUUCACUCCACCUCUUCUAUAGGGAACACCGGAGAAAAACGCUCAGGAGCGCGGCUGGAAAAUAUGGACCGCCGCUCCUGAAAAGGGAAAUGUCUUACAGAUGAUUGGCCCCGUGCCCGCCCGCUCCACUUAUGCUGCGCGCUCCCGGGCGCAAGUUAACGCAGCUCCUCCGACCAAAACCAGACACACACACACACACAAAAACCACCGGGGAAGCAUUGCUGCUGGGACAGGACGAGACUGAUCCUGAGCAAAAAAAAAAAAAAAAAAAAGCUGCUGUUUAUUCCGAGGAAUGGGGCGACGCUGCUCGUGUCCACUGACGAUAACAAGCCCAGUUCAAAGCAAACACUGCAACGUCGCACCGUCUGCCGGUGAGGUCACUGUGGCACAAAGCAGAGCGACCUGCGCGGACACGCAGCGGAGAUUCCGUCACAUCACGGGGGCUUUGUUCGCGCGCUGAUUGACUGCUUGGCUUUGGAUGAUACAUUUUCCGUCGAACCCUAUCAGUUAUUGUAAGCCAGCGAGCCUCGCUCUGAUGGAUCGUGGAUAAGUUGUUAUUGAUGAACCCAGCGGGACUACAGAAGCGGAACCCAGAGGAGAAAACCAGAGCGCGUCCAUAACGACACAUCUGAUUACGCUUCAUAUAUAUAUAACAACACAUCUUUGACUUUGCCAUCACCAUAGUUAAAGAACUGAAGUGAAACCAUGGCUUUGGUCUUAUCAAUGAACCCCUUUUGUGAACCUGAAGCUGAAGCACUGCCGUCAAUCUACCAACCGAUCUGGGAAUCUGAACACUGCAGUAAAAGCUGUGUCUCCACCCCCUCACCACCAGGGGGUGACACCCAAGGCCUCAGAGAAGAGCCCCAUUACAGACGAGCUCCUGAUCAUGUGAUGGAUCGUGUAGCCAUGUCACGGAUCUCUUAUUUCAAGAGGAAGUUUGUGGAGGAUGAAGAACCUGUACUGAGCUUCAGGAGUUACUGUCACACUCAGGUGUCACCAGUCCUGGAGGAGCGUGCUCACAUUCUUCGUCUCUCUCUCGAGAAGCUGCGUUUCAUGGAUGACCCCGAGUCCUUCUUGCGGCGGUCUGUGCUCAUAAACAACCUUCUCCGCCGUCUCAGAAAUGAAAUUCUCCUCCAGAGCGACUGGUGUUUCCCAUCGGGUCAGACAACCAUACCAUGUCCCCUCCAAACCCCAGCCACAAAUACACCUCUUCCACCUCCUGCCCCGCAGCCCUGCAUGACGCCGCCCGGGCCGUAUCGCAAACGACUGCGUCUGUUGAGGAGGGAAGGGCAAGAGUGCGUCCCAGCUUGCUGCUGUUUAUACGCAGCCGGCCGUUAUCUCCAGCUCCCCCUGUCUGUGUAUGAACGGGAUGUAUACUCCAACUCUCACCCUUCUUCAUCAUCAUCAUCAUCAUCAUCAUCAUCGCCGUCGUCGUCAUCAGUUAGAUUUCCACAGCUGCUGGAGGAGGAGGAGGAGGAUGAGGAGGACAGUGAUGAAGAAGAGGACUCUGUGUGUCCUAUGGUGGCACUGUGUCAAGCAGAAACCAGAGAGCAGAACAGGACGUGGGAUGGUCUCCGGCCGCAGAGCCACAGGGAUGACAAGACCCUGGAGAAAAAGAGAGAAAAGGGGAAAGAGAGGGUUAGAGGAGGGGAGGUUUCACAGCGGUGGCUUUCAGACGCAAUAGGUGCUGGACACCAUGGGGCCCUCGCUAGGGCUCACGUGAGGGGAAAAUAACAAAUGAACACUUGCUGUGGAAACGAAAGAUGAAACUGGUUUCCAGCAGACGUAUAGAUCAAUUAUACAAACCAGAAUAUCAAUGGUCAAUGAUUUUAGAAUUUUUAUGUACUUUUUAUACUUCUGGAUUACACAACACCACAAAUCAAAGGGGACAGCAAUCUCACAUAUUGCUCCGUCUCUUGUGAAAACUACCAUACUGUGCCUUAAAGGGUUAGUUCACCCAAAAAUGAAAAUUAUCCCACAAUUUACUCAAAGCUUGGAAGAGACAGAAUAUUUUUUAAUAUAACUCUGAUUGUGUUUGACUGAAAGAAUAAAGUCAUAUACACCUAGGAUGGCCUGAUGAUGAGUAAAUUAUGGGAUAAUUUUCAUUUUUGGGUGAACUAACCCUUUAAAUGUUCUUGUUUAAACUUUUGCUGUGUUUGUGGAUAUUUGUGACUGAACCACAGAGACAGACACCAUGUCAAGUGAAAAAGAAAGAUUCAGAAUUAGUAAAAAAAAAAAAAAAAAAAAGACAAUAAUAAUAAUAAAAUGUUCGAAAUUUAUUUUUUUUAAUAUCAUAGGCACUUGAGAAAUGCAUGACAUGGUUGCUCUCCAUGAUGAUCAUCACGUUUCCAUGCAGUGGAUUUUAGCCAGAAUGCAUGAGGCCCUGAAGGUGGCCAUCAUUUUUAGAACAAUCAUAUUCCCUUUAGCACCCAGGCAUAUACAUAUUCAGGAGACAAAAACAUCCCAAUUGACUAUCACAGAUACAGAUACCUCAGUGUCCGUGUUAAUCUGUUGUCUUGAGGUUCACUUAUUUAAGUGAUUCUUGGUACGAAUGAGAGGAUCUUCAUUCACUAUCAAAGUUUUUAUUUUCAUGCACUUUUUUUAUAUUGGUUGUUUAUGCAUUUUAUCUACAUUUAUUUUUUAAUUCUAAAAACACAUAAUGGGAGACCCUCAGACAAGAGCAGAACUUAUACCGGCAACAAAGCUGGUAGGAAAUCAAAUCAAAUCUUAAACAUUGUUCGGGUUUGAUUGUGUGUGUUUUAUUUUUUUGUGAAAUGUGUUAAGAAUAAAGGAAUGAUCCCGAGCCCACAGUGUUCCCUUUA